AUGCUGCCCACGCGUGCCCUUUGGGGUCAGGCUCGCUUGACCUUGUUUACCCGGGCGGGCUGCGGUCUUUGCGAUACGGCGAAACACACUGUGGUCCAACUCCAGAAACGCCGGCCCUUUGAGUAUGUGGAGGUAGACAUCAUGGAGCCUGAGAAGAAGGCAUGGAAGGAUGUUUACGAUUAUGACGUCCCUGUCCUCCAUAUCCAAUCUGUCAAUGAUGGUCUGCCGAAAGAAGCAGAGCUGUCAGACUCCCGCAAACUCUUUCAUAGAUGGACUGAGCAGGACGUGGAGAAGAUGGUUGAUGAGGCUGAAAAAUAA